AUGGAAACCGAUGAAUUGGCUGAAACGAAGUGGGAGACAAAUAUUCAGCCACCAACAAUCGACGAAUUGCGUAAAUAUACGAAAAAUGUGUUUAGUUCCAAAUACAUCAAAUAUAUGUAUUCGAAGUUCAAGAAUGAAUGUCCGACAGGCAGAAUGCGCGUAGCUAAAUUUAAGAAAAUGUUUGGUUCCUAUUUUCCAUCCUGUCUCGAUGAAGAGUAUAUCCUGAGGCUAUUUACAGCCUUUGCUAAUGGUAAAGAGGAAAUAACUUUUCAGGUGACAUUGGUAAUCAGAAAGAAUCCAAUUACUGCCAACAGUAAUGCAGAACCAAAUGUCUAA